GUGUCGAGUGCGCUGCCAUUUUGAAACGGCAGUGCUUUUUGUUCGUGUGGAGCGUUAGCUCGUUGCGGGGUCUAGAUUGUGGUUUAGCAAAAGUUUAGUUAUAAUUUAUAAAGAACUCAAUCAAAAUGAGCUGGCAAGAUUAUGUCGAUAAACAGUUAAUUGCAUCCAGAUGUGUUUCUAAAGCAGCGAUUGCCGGUCACGACGGAAAUGUCUGGGCAAAGUCGGAAGGCUUCGAUAUAUCAAAAGACGAAGUGGGGAAGAUAGUCGCCGGUUUUGAAAAUGAAUCACUUCUAACAAGUGGCGGUGUCACGAUAGCGGGCACGCGGUACAUCUACCUCAGCGGGACAGACCGCAUCAUACGUGCAAAGCUCGGCAAGGUCGGCGUGCACUGCAUGAAGACACAACAAGCCGUCGUAAUUUCUCUCUAUGAAGAACCGAUCCAACCCCAACAAGCUGCAUCAGUAGUGGAGAAGUUAGGAGACUAUUUAAUUACCUGUGGUUAUUAAAGAUCGAAGCGCGCCGUGAUCUAAGAAUAAUAUAAGAUAAUAUUUUUUCCACAGGGAAAUAAGUAACUGCAUUUUGUAUAUUCUAUAAAAGUGAUAAGGACCGUCAUUUGUUUUGAUAUUUGAUAAAUUAUGGCGCCAUCAGUGUCUGAUGCGCUUAGCCGCCGGCUGCAGGCGCGAUUACUUUGCGGAUUUUGGAUUUUUUAUACGCUCACCUGUUCCAUGGAGUAAUUGUUUCUGCAGGAUGGUUUUAUUUGUAUUUUAAAAUUUGCUUUUGUCGACCUCGACGCACGGCGAGGCUAAAUGUACGGCUUCGCGGGGAGGUCCUAAAGCAUGGUGUAUAGAGAUUUUUUUGGAUUUCUUUUCAAGCAGUCUGAUUAUGAUAAUCUUUACAUCUCGCGUGGAACUUACUUUUUAAGGAGUCACUGUGGUUACGAGUACGACUUAAUAUGGAAUUUAUUUAUGAAAUCCGAACGAGCGGUAAUACCAGACGCUUGAAAUGAAAUUUUAAUAACCACGUAAUGAAAUUACUGUAACGAUAUAUAUGUAAUUACAAAUAGGCAUUUGUGUAAGGGCUUGUUACGAAUUGAAAGACACUGUAACCCAAGAUGCAUGUAACAAUUUAAAUUGAAAAUCUCUAGUCCCACUGGAACCAUCGUGUGAGAAGUUCGGACGCGCGCGGCGCGCGGGCGACGCCCUCGCGCGUCGUCUUUCGCUAUGCUUCCCUUUUCAUUGUGCUGUCUUUAUGAACUUGUGUAGUGAAUAAUAAACAUUUGCAUUCUGUUCAAUACUGUCUCUUUAUCUGCAGAAACUAGAAGCGCUCAAUUAUAAUCCUGUAUCCUCAAAACAAGGCUUACAGUAAUCGAAGGGUGCAUAUUGUUUAUAUUUGAUAUUACUACUAUAGCUUUGUACAUUGUUUCUGAUAAGCGAUGGGAACUGUGUCUAUCUAAUAAUAAAAUGAUUUGUAUUAUAA